AUGGCAAGUGAUAAAAGAACACGGUCUGCCUCCGAGGGGCAGAAUCCGGUGAUCGAUUUCGAUGUCAAACAAGGACCUGUCAGGCCAUACAUUGUAUCGGAGCCGCAAGAAAAGCUUGCUAAGGUGCGUACUGUGUACUCUUUGAAGGAAAGAUUUCUGGUGUCAUGUUUGGCUGUCUUUACUGUCAUUGUGAGGAUGCGCAAUUUGUCUUGGCCUAAUGCAGUCAUAUUCGAUGAAGUGCAUUUUGGCGGGUUUGCUACUAAGUAUAUCAAAGGACUAUUCUUCAUGGAUGUGCAUCCCCCAUUUGCCAAGAUGUUGUUUGCCUGGGUGGGAAUUUUGGGUGGAUUUGACGGCGAUUUUGAUUUUGAGACCAUCGGUAAGUUAUAUCCUGCCUCAACACCAUAUGUUCUUAUGAGAUCAGUAGCAGCCAUAUCUGGUGCGUUGACGGUUUUAUUACUUUACUUUACCCUACGUUCUUCUGGUGUAAGAGUUUGGGUCGCAUUUGCAAGUGCUGUAUGCUUUGCAGUCGAGAACUCAUUUGUAACCAUUUCCCGUUACAUUCUACUUGAUGCUCCACUAAUGGUAUUCAUUGCAGCUUCUGUUUACGCCUUCAAAAGAUAUGAAAUUUAUCCAACAGGAACUUGGGCUUCCUAUAAGUUUUUGACCUUUACAGGCAUUGCGUUAGGGCUUGCCGUUUCGUCGAAAUGGGUUGGAUUGUUUACAAUCUCAUGGAUUGGUUUAUUAUGUGUUUGGAGGUUAUGGUUAUUCCUCGGAGAUUUGUCUAAACCAGUUUGCUCCACUUUGAAGAUUGCUGUUGCCAAAGGUACGUUUUUACUGGGUAUUCCAACUGUAUUGUAUAUGGUAUUCUUCUAUAUACAUUUCCAAACCUUGACUGAAAAUUCAGACGGUUCUGGAUUUUUCAGUCCAGAAUUUAGAUCAACAUUGAAUGGUAACACGAUUCCAACAGAUAUUUUGGCUGAAGUAGGUGUCGGUUCAACUGUUACCAUGCGUCAUCUAGGUACAAUGGGAGGUUAUUUGCAUUCUCAUAGCCAUGAAUAUCCAACGGGUUCUCAGCAACAACAAAUUACUCUUUAUCCUCAUUUGGAUGCGAACAAUGAGUGGUACAUUACAUUAUACAAUCAAACCAACACUACAAUUACUUCUUUCGAAAACUUGGUUGAAGGUACAAAAGUGAGAUUUUUACAUCCAAGCACACAACGCAGAUUACAUUCGCAUGAUCAUAAACCACCAGUUUCUGAAAACAGUGACUGGCAAAAAGAAGUAUCGGCUUACGGUUUUGAAGGCUUUGAAGGAGACGCUAAUGAUGAUUGGAUCAUUGAAAUUGACAAAUCUUUGUCAACACCAGGUCCUGCUCAAGAACGGGUUAGAGCCAUUGAAACAAAAUUCAGACUAAGACAUGCUAUGUCAGGCUGCUAUUUGUUUUCUCAUGAAGUUAAAUUACCUCAAUGGGGGUUUGAACAACAGGAGGUUACUUGUGCCCAAUCCGGUAAACCUGAACUUUUGGUGUGGUACGUUGAAGGUAACGAAAAUGAAUUUUUACCACAGGAUGCUGAACGUGUUUCAUAUAAAACGCCAUCAUUUUUGGAGAAGUUCAUUGAAUCGCAUAAAAGAAUGUGGCAUGUCAACAAAAAUUUGGUGGAUUCUCAUGUUUUUGAAUCAUUACCUUCAAGCUGGCCAUUAUUAUUGCGUGGUAUUGGCUAUUGGUCUUCCGAACAUAGACAUGUUUAUCUACUGGGCAAUGCUAUCUUGUGGUGGUCUGUAUCUUUGUUCACAGUUGUGUUUUCAUUCAUUGUUAUUUUUGAACUGAUCUCAUGGCAAGUUGGGAAACCAAUUUUACAAGACUCAGAUGUGAUUAAUUUCCAUAUACAGGUCAUGGAAUAUUUAUUAGGUUUUCUCAUUCACAUAAUACCAUCAUUCAUGAUGAAACGUCAACUGUUUUUGCAUCACUAUCUUCCCGCUUAUUAUUUUGGAAUUCUCGCCUUUGGUCAUGCAUUGGAUAUAGUUGUGAGUUACGUUUUUAGAAAAAGAAAGGUAGUUGGCUACGCACUUGUUGCAUCGUUUACAGUUGCUUGUAUUUGUUUCUUCCAAUUUUACAGUCCAUUAAUAUAUGGUACACCAUGGACUAAAGACUUAUGCCAAAAAUCACAAUGGUUGUCAGGUUGGGAUUACGGCUGCGACAAUUAUUUCAACACAUACGAAGAAUAUGAUAACGAAAUUAUUGAACCAAGUCAGCAACCAUCCGUCACACCGGUCAGUUCAAUUGUAGCACAUAAUAAGCCGAGUGACUCUGUGGACCAAGAGGCACAGAAUCAGCAGCAAAUUGAUUUGGAUACUUUUGAUGAAAUGUUAAAUGAACCGGGUCAAAAGAGAUUUGUCGAUCAGAACGGAAAUCCACUGGACAUUGAAGACGUUAGAAGAAUCAUCGCUGAAGAGGGUGGUGGAAUCCAUAAAAUUGAGGAAAGAGUUGUUGAAUAA